CAACUACUAUCGAAAUUAUCCGGCAGCACGUGUCAUUGAGAUUUUAGAGAACCUCCAAAUUCUUCCAGUAUAAUGUGUGACCAUUGCAGAACUUUCAAACCGCUGCUGGAAGGGACGGAUACUACGAGAUAUUAUGAAAGGGACAGACCAACUAUCAGCAGCGUAACACCAUCAAGAAAUAGCGUGAUGCCACCAAGAAAUAGCAUGGCACCUCGAUCGCCGUCCGAUGUCACCAGCAGAAGUUGCUGUUCAUGGAGGCGGACCUGCUGCGAUGGAGUGUGUUGCAACCGCGUUGGAAACUGCUGCGCCCCUGAAUCGGAAACUCGGUAUCGACCGGUUGAAAAACCUGUGCCCACUUAUGGCUACGAUUAUGGCCAGCCGGCGAUAGCGAGUUAUCCCGUCGGAACGCCCGGCGCCAUGAUGCCAGACAGAGUGCCGUGUCCUACGCGUAAGGAGAAGCUACCUAUGUGUUUCGGAGGCGACUGCCAAGAUUCCGAAUGCACAGGCCAACCGGACGUAAACGAGUCGACACCGAGGCAAUCAGAGCGAUAAGGAAUUAGUCUCGACUGAGAAUCUUGAUUAAAUAAGCAUGACCCGCCUCCCCCUCCCCGUUCCUCGACGAGACAAAACCUCCAAAAUGACAAGUGACGUCGUUAAAUUCCAACAAAAAAUUCCCAACAACGAUUAUUAUUUCUUUGCGAAACGCGAAACUUCCUCUUUGGCUCCCUACUUCGCAUGUAUACUUUAAGGGGUGAAA